AUGGAUUUUACGACAGUGGAUAUCGUUGAGUUGGUCGUGUCAUUUAUUCAGUUUCUCUUUGGAAUAACGAUCAAUGGGUUUAUCAUGGGGACAUUUUCCAUGCAGUGGAGAAGGAAUAAAAGCCUUCAAGCCAGUGAUACGGUCCUGAUGUUCCUGAGUACAACAAGGUUCUUCUGGCAGUGGGUCCUUUCUCUAAUGAUUCUCUAUAAUUACAUCACAUUUUCUUUGGACUUUCUCCAACUUUUGACUUAUAUCAGUAAUUUUUUAGAGUUGAGCAGCCUGUGGUUGACCUCUACUCUCUGCUUCACUUACUGUGUGAAGAUCACAGACCAUCCCAACUCCUUGUUCAUCUACGUGAAGCUCAGGGUCUCCAUGUUCGUGAAAUGGAUGCUUCUGGCCAGUCUGCUGGCUUCUCUGGCUUUUACUCUCCUGCUCAGGUUUUCAUGGGAUAUUUUUUCUACAGACACCGACCCACGGAACAGCACCGAGACGAAUGGAACUCCGAGCUCUGAGCUGCUUGUGUGCUACGUGGGAGCUGUGCCACCGUUCCUGAUAUUCUGCCUGGCACUUUUGCUUUUCAUUUACUCUUUUUGGAUUUUCAUCCACAGGUUUAAAAGAAGCAGAACGGGUUUCGAGAGUCCUGUGUUGAGUGAUCAUUUAAAAGUGCUCAAAAAGAUCUUUUUUGCUCUUUUCCUUUAUAUUAUGUAUUUCAUCAGCUCUGGUUUGUUCUUGUUUAAACGGCAGCAAAUGGCACAUUGGGAACGAUGGCUUUUUAUUAUUUACCAGUUCUACCCAACGGCUUAUUUGGGUUGGCUCAUCCUCCUCAACUGCAGACUGAAAACGGUUUUCCUGU